AUCGCUAAUCCACCUACACUCCAUUGUACACAACGCUCAGGAACUCUCAUAUAAUUGCAUGCGGGAUUGUUGCUCGCAUUCUCUCAGGCGGCAAUACGCUUACCAUGUUCCAGCCUCACCCCGGUGAUCAAUUUCACCUUCGUCUUCAUAGGGCACGCUCAGUUGUAUUAACGACACAAGAGCUCGUUGAGAUCAGAGCAGCUCAGCGUACCUUCGAAGGUGCCUAUGUCCGCACAGCUCUCGGCCAGUUCUCAUUCGCCCUUAUCAUCCUCAAAGUCUUCACCGAAGAGUUCUAUGCCAUCGGCGCCCUUUUCGCUGUAUAUGGAGUUGCAGUGAUGUUAGUAGCCAUUUACCGCCGAUAUGAAGGCCAGAACCAGUUCUUUACUUCUGAAUCCGCGGACGGGUCACUGAAGCGGAAAUUCAGGACGAGUGGGAACAGUGUGUUGUUGCUGACCAUGCUGAGCCUGAGUGCGUAUAUAACUUUGAUGGUUUUGACAUGGCGUCUCGUUUCAUAAGGCCUGGUUUUGCACUCUCUUGUCAGGAACUGCCAUCCAUGCAACACGACGCCGGGAUAUCUUGAGACUUUCUCAGAUUCUUCACAGGAUAAUAAUACCUUGCACAUUUGAAGCAGAUAAUCUACUCCCCUUCUGCCUGCUGCUUGCGACUCAAUCCUCUCCGG